AUGCAUCUCGUUCUAACCGGCGCAACAGGCCUCGUAGGCUCCGGCGUCCUCCAGCAUAUGAUAAACGCCAGCUCAGUAUCGCAAGUCUCAAUCCUCUCUCGCCGCCCUGUCCCCCAAGCAGACGGCUGCGCAAAAUGCAAUGUCAUAAUCCACAAAGACUUCACCAACUACUCGAACGAGCUAAUGGCACAACUAAAGGACGUGGACGGCGUCGUCUGGGCCCAAGGAAUCUCACAAACGAAAGUUGGGAAAGAGGAAUACUUCUCAAUAACCAACACCUACCCACUCACAUUCGCCAAAGCCCUCUCCAAAUCCACCGCCCCAAAACCAGUAAACUUCAUCUACGUCUCCGGCGAAGGCGCCACCACAAGCCCCUCCUUCAUGACCUCCCUCUUCGGCCGCGUAAAAGGGCAGACGGAAGCCGAACUCCUUGCGCUCUCAAAGACCGCAGAAUACGCGAAUCUCAGACCAUAUAGUGUGCGGCCUGCGGGUGUAGAUCCGACGUUGCAUACUGAGAUUCAUGAGUUCAUGCCGAAGAAGACGGGGAUUGAGGGCGCGGUCAUAAGUAUGUUUCCGCUGUUUAGAAUGGUGUCGCCGGGGUUGAUUAGUCCGACGAGGGAGUUGGGAGCGUUUUUGACGGGACUCGCGGAGGGGGAUGGGGGGGGUGAGGGAGGGGAAGGGGGUCGAUGGGGAGGGGAGGACUAUUAA